AUGCCGAUACUUUCAGCUGAUGGGGAGAAAGUGACUUUAAAAAGCAGUUUCAAAGUAUCAAAAAGUAUUGAAGUAAUUUAUACGGGCGGUAAGGUUGCCGUAUCUCCUGAUGAAUCAUUGUUAAUUACCACGAAUGGCGAGGAUAUUGAGGUUACAAAGUUUGAGCAGAGAGAACGAAUUUUUCAAUUGAAAGGGGAUACCGAAAUAAUCACUACUUUCUCAGUAACACCUGAUGGUGAAUAUCUAAUAAGUGCAAGUCGAAGCUUAGCAAUAAAAAUAUGGAAUCUUAAAACUGGAAAAAUUGUUCGUUCCUUCAAGGCACAUGAAGCACCAAUAAUAAUGAUGGAUGUUGACAUAACAUCGACCUUAGUCGCUACCGGAUCCGCAGAUAGCACCGUAAAAGUAUGGGACAUUGCGCACGGUUAUUGUACACACAAUUUUCGUGGACAUGGUGGAGUUAUUAGUGCAUUGAAGUUUCAUCCGGAUAUAGUGAAUAGGAAGAUGUUGGUUUCUGGUGCUGAUGAUUGUAAAAUUCGUGUUUGGAAUUUGGCGGAACGAAAUUGUAUCGCAGUGUUGGAGAGUCAUGUUAGUAUGAUUCGCGGAUUGGAUUUCUCGCAUGAUGGUAAUUUUCUUGUUAGUGGAUCACGCGAUAAAGUAGUUAUUGUGUGGGAUUUGGAUAGGAAGAGUGUCGUAAAUACUUUUCCUAUUUAUGAGACUAUUGAAACAGUCGGCGUAUUAGAGAAAGGCGUGUAUCCUGAUGAAGAAAAAAAAGAGAAAAGAGAAUUGUUUUAUACAGGAGGAGAUAAAGGAAUCAUAAGGUUAUGGGAUUUAAAAACGGGAAAAUUGGUUAAAUCGCAAGAACCCGAAUCAAAUACAUCUCAGAGUAUUUCCGAUAUUAUAUAUUUUCGAAAAAGUGGAUUCCUUGCAGCAGUCACCCACGAUCAAAACAUACUAAUCUACAAACUACGUGGUAGCGGACUAAAGAGAAUUAAACAAAUUGUCGGAUACAACGAUGAAAUAAUUGAUCUCACAUACGUGGGAAAAGACGAAUCGUUACUUGCCAUUGCGACAAACACUGAACAAAUUCGCGUGUACGAUGUUGAGACACUUUAUUGUGAUAUUAUUUAUGGACAUGAUGAUAUUGUGUUUUGUCUAGAUAAAUCGUAUGAUGGAAGAUUUUUUGUGUCUGGGUCAAAGGAUAAUACCGCUAAAGUGUGGGCAAUUGAUUUUUAUGAUGGAGGAGAAGAAGAAAAAGAAGACAGUGAAAACAGAUUCAAAUGUGUAGGUGUAUGUGUUGGUCAUACUGAAGCUAUUGGGUCGGUUGCCAUGUCGAAAAAGUCUUUAAAAUUUUGUAUCACGGGAAGUCGUGACCGUACUGUUAAAUGUUGGGAUAUAUCGUUGCUUGAGAAUAAAGUUUUCAAAUCACUUGCCGAGAAUACCAAAUUAAAAGCACUUUUCACACAUCAAGCACAUGAUAAAGAUAUAAACGCAAUUUCAAUAUCACACAACGACAAACUAUUUGCCAGUGCCUCACAAGAUAAAACAGCCAAAGUUUGGUCUGUACAGGAUGGAUCACUCGUUGGAACUUGCAAUGGUCAUAGACGUGGUGUUUGGUCAGUGCAGUUCUCGCCAGUUGAUUAUCGAUUACUGGUUACGAGUUCAGGAGAUAAGUCUAUAAAACUUUGGUCUUUGUCGGAUUUCUCAUGUUUAAAGACAUUUGAAGGCCACACAAAUACCGUGCUACGAGUCUCGUUUCUGACUUCCGGUCAACAAUUAAUAUCAACCGGAUCAGAUGGUCUCGCGAAACUGUGGACAAUUAAAACUAACGAAUGCGUUAACAAUCUCGAUAAUCACACCGAGAAAAUAUGGGCAUUGGCCGUGAGUAAAGACGAGAAGUUUGUGGUGACUGGUGGUGCAGAUUCAGUCGUAAAUUUCUGGCAGGAUUGUACGGUUGAGGAGAUGGAACAGCAAUUGAAAGAAGAGCAAGAAUUUAUACUAAGGGAACAAGAUCUGGCAAAUUACUUGCAAAAAAAAGAUUAUAGGAAUGCCAUAAUAUUAGCAAUGACACUCAAUCAACCAUUCCGAUUAUUAAAUCUAUUUACCGAGGUACUGAAUAGUCGAGCUUCAGAAGACACCAAAAGCAUCACAGGAUCCAUUUCGAUCGACAAUAUAAUUGCAACCCUCACCAUCGAUCAACUAGAAAAACUACUUGGGUUUAUUCGUGACUGGAAUACAAAUGCGCGACAUUCGCGAACAGCUCAGACUAUUCUGAAUGCUGUUCUCACCGCGAUUUCAUCGGAAAAGGUUAUGGAGAUAAAAGGGAUAAAAGAUAUUUUGGAUGGUUUAAUUCCGUACACGGAACGUCAUUUCCAACGUCUCGAUCGCUCUAUCACAGAUUCGUUUAUUAUCGAUUAUACGUUAAACGCAAUGGAUUUGUGGAACCCAUUGGCUGUACCUGCUUUAUUGGAACCGCCAUCACCUUUACCUUCAUUUCAACCACCGCCACAACAAGAAUUAUCAAGUUCAACAUCAGAGAGAAUGAUAGCACAUGAUAUUGAAUUUGACUGGAAUGAGACAGAUGAAGAUGUUGAUCAAAGUUAUUCAGAAAUAAAUGCAAACGAAUCAAGUGAAGAGGAAUCAAGCGAAGAAUCAAGCGAAGAAUCAAGCGAAGAAUCCAACGAAGAAUCAAGUGAAGAAUAA